AUGCCCUCAGCCAAGAAAUACAACGUCAAGGUGCGGCUCCCCACAAGCUACCUAGAAACCUUGCCUGUGUUCGCCACGCCCAAGCCCAAGUCAAGAGCAAAAAAGCUCAGUGCCGAGGACAAAAAAAACGCCGGGUCGCCGGGGUCUUCUCCUGCUCCUGCGGACGACGUCCCGGCUGCCAGAAUAAACACUGGGCCAAAAGAACUAAGUACUGCUGGGCUCACUGUGAAUACAGUCACCCAGACGCUCGAUAAAUCGGGUAGGCCCUGCCGCAAAUGGAAAAAGGGGCCGCGGGAAUUCAAGACUUUCACGGGCUUUAAGGUAGGGCUAAGUGUUUGGAAACCGGAGGAAGACGAAGCAGGCGUGGCCCAUACAGAGCAGACCCCAGUACAGGAGUCACGUGCAGAGGAGUCUCCUUCCAAGCACAUUGCUGUUUGA